AUGCCGCCGCCGCCCUCGACGAAUGGAGCAGCCGCCGCCGCUGCUGCUGCUGCGAACAGGACCAAGCCGCCGAGUUCCUCGCCCGCGGCCCCUCCUUCGGGCAAGCUCAAGCUGCGAUCGCAGCCGUUGCCCAAGCCAAAGAAGCGCUUCAGCCAGGAUGGCUGGGACAGCGAUCUGUCGGCCGACGAGAACAAGCCGAUGUGGACGGCCGAAUUGGACGUCUACGCUGCCGAGUUGCAGGAGAGGGCCGCGUGCAUCGAGCAGGCCUACGAAGUCGGCCUCAUGGAUCUUGAGCGGGAUGUCGGCAAGCGUCUGAGCCGCGGCUACUACGGGCGCUAUGUGCCCGUCAUUGAGCGCGCCAAGGCCAGGGAAGAGGCCGACCGGAAGCGCAAAGAGGCGCUGCAGCGGUCGAGGCGCGACCACGCACGCCGGCAGCGAGACAAGGAGAUCGAGAUGGAGCUCCUGGGUACCGUCGACGACAGCGAGCGGGAGACGCAGAAGCCUUCGUCGCUCUCGUCGGCGCUCCUUGCCAGGAUCAACAAGGCAAAGAAGGCCAAGAUUGCGGCGGGCGGCGAUGACGACGACCUCGAUGCGGAGCUGCUCAGCCUUGCUGAGGGCGGCGGCGCUGGGUCGUCGGACGAGGACGAUGGCGAGCCCAAGCGGCGCAGACUCGACGGUUCCUUCUUCGACGAGGACGGGCUCGAGGACUCGCGGGCUUCGUCGCCUGUCUCCGUCCUCGACGAUAGCAACAUCGUUUAUGCCACGGCCGAGGGCGGACACAUCAGCAUCGAUGCACGCCGAGAGCAGCAGCUGGCCGAGGCGCACCGCCGCAUCUGGACGAGCAUCGCCCGCAAGGACGUGCCUCGCGUCUACAGGACCGUCAUGGCCGGCUACACCAACAAGACGAUGUACUGGCGCCGCGUGUCGGGCGUCGUCCAGCGCGAGGCCAAGCGCGGCAUGGCGCGCAACAACAAGUCGACCAAGGACGUGCAGCUGCGUGCGCGAAAAGUCAUGCGCGAGAUGCUCGUCUUUUGGCGCAGGAACGAAAAGGAAGAGCGAGAGCUGCGGAAGCGCGCAGAGAAAGAGGCCAUGGACAAGGCAAAGAAGGAGGAAGAGAUGCGCGAGGCCAAGCGACAGGCCCGGAAGCUCAACUUCUUGAUCACGCAGACGGAGCUGUACAGUCACUUUGUUGGCAACAAGCUCAAGACGAACGAGGCUGAGGAGUCCGAGGAGACGUCGGGCUCGGCCAAGCUCAUUGACCCCAAGCCGGCGGACGAUGCGCCUGCGACGCAGCCGGAUGUCAGUGGCGUCGCCGCCGAGGUGACCGAGGCAGAGGCUCGACUGGCCGACCUCAAGGAUCUCGACUUUGACGACGAGGACGAGUCGAACAUGCGAGCGCAUGCCAGAAAGAACGCCGAGGAGGCCGUGGCAGCAGCCAAGGCCAAGGCUGCUGCGUUUGAUGCUCGAGCUGCCGAGGAGAGGGAGAAGCAGAGGCAGGAGCAGGAGGGUGAAGGCGAAGAGGGUGGUCCUCGUCGCGAGAUUGGCAAGGCAUUCGACUCGGACGACAUGAACUUCCUCAACCCGACGUCGAUGGGUGCCAUGGACGUCAAGCAGCCCAAGAUGCUCACCUGUCAGCUCAAGGAGUACCAGCUCAAGGGUCUCAACUGGUUGGCGAACCUGUACGAACAGGGCAUCAACGGCAUUCUUGCCGACGAAAUGGGUCUCGGAAAGACGGUGCAGAGCAUCUCGCUCAUGGCCUACCUCGCCGAGGUGCACGAUAUCUGGGGUCCCUUUCUCGUCAUUGCGCCCGCGUCGACGCUGCACAACUGGCAGCAGGAGAUCACCAAGUUCGUCCCCUCGCUCAAGGCUCUCCCCUACUGGGGCAAUGUCAAGGACCGGACGGUGCUGCGCAAGUUCUGGAACAGGAAGCAGGUCUCCUACCAUCGUGAUGCUCCCUUCCACGUCCUCAUCACCAGCUACCAGCUCGUCGUCUCGGACGAAAAGUACUUUCAGCGCGUCAAGUGGCAGUACAUGGUCCUCGACGAGGCGCAAGCCAUCAAGUCGUCGUCGUCGAAUCGGUGGAAAACGCUGCUCGGCUUCGACUGCCGAAACAGACUGCUGCUCACCGGUACGCCCGUGCAGAACUCGAUGCAAGAGCUCUGGGCGCUGCUGCACUUUAUCAUGCCGAGCCUGUUUGACUCGCACGACGAGUUCAGCGAGUGGUUUAGCAAGGACAUUGAGAGCCAUGCGGAGAACAAGGGCACGCUCAACGAGCAUCAGCUCAGAAGGUUGCACAUGAUUCUGAAGCCAUUCAUGCUGAGAAGAAUCAAGAAGAACGUGCAGAAUGAGCUGGGCGACAAGAUCGAGAUUGACGUCUUCUGCGACAUGAGCACGAGGCAGCGCGCAUUGUACCGCGGUCUUCGGUCGCACGUCUCCGUGGCCGAGCUCAUGGACAAGGCAUCGAACGUCAACGACGAGGCUGGACUCAAGAGCCUGAUGAACCUCGUCAUGCAGUUCCGGAAAGUCUGCAACCACCCAGAGCUGUUCGAGCGGGCCGAUGUCGAGGCGCCGCUGGCCUUUGCCCGGUUCGCCCAGUCGGGCAGUCUGGCAAGGGAGGGCGAUUUCCUCCAGUGCCCCGACUCGACGCAAAGCCUUAUCCAGUACGAGGUGCCCCGAUUGCUUGUGCGCGAUGGCGGCCUCCUCGACGUCCCCGGCGAGGGCAAUGUCAGGAAGGGCUUUGACACGCACUACCUCGGCAACCUCAUGAAUGUCUGGAAGACUGCCAAUGUCAGCGAAGCUGUCGAGAAGCCCAACUCGGCAUUUGCCGUCUUGAAGCUCAUGGGCAUGGAGCCGGCCGACAUCGAGGGCGCCAUGCUCGCCAAAGAUACGACGCAGGUCAUGCAGAACAUCGAGAAGAUCCACGAGCUGCGCGAGGCCGAUCACUUGGCGGCAGACAGCGAAUUUGCGGCGUCGGUGAAGAAGCCGAUGGGGCUCGUCUCUAAGCCGGUCCCUCGGGCUUCGGCACCGUCACUCACGCCCCUCGACGGCAUCGCAGAGGAAUAUCGACGAGAUUCACCGCUGGCCAAGCCAAAGGCUAGGUCGCUGGUCGUGCCCGUCGUGGCGCCCCCAAUCGAGAUGGUCGCAAGCGAUGGUAACUUCACGCAGACUCAGGAGCGGAGAAAGAGGAGCGACGAUGUCUCGCAGAUGCUCUAUGGUCUUGCGCCCUCGGAGCUUGAGUCAGACGAAGCGCUGUGGAAGGCUCAGCUUCGCUUGCCCGGUCUGCCGGCGAGAGGAUUGCUGAGGGAGUCGUCCGAUGAUCAGCUACCGUCGUCGGGCAUGCAGGUGCCGCAGAUGAACAAGCUCAUCAUUGACUCAUCGAAACUCGCGCGCCUCGAUGAGCUGCUCCGGGAGCUCAAGGCUGGCGGGCAUCGUGUGCUCAUCUACUUCCAGAUGACGCGCAUGAUCGACCUGAUGGAGGAGUACCUCAUCUACCGGCAAUACAAGUACCUCCGCCUCGACGGUGCUUCGAAGAUCUCGGAUCGGAGAGACAUGGUGACGGACUGGCAGACACGCCCCGAGCUGUUUGUCUUCCUCCUCUCGACGCGUGCCGGUGGUUUGGGCAUCAACCUCACGGCGGCCGAUACUGUCAUCUUCUAUGACCAUGACUGGAAUCCGUCCAACGAUAGUCAGGCCAUGGAUCGAGCACAUCGAUUGGGCCAGACGAAGCAAGUCACGGUGUACCGACUGAUCACGAAGGGCACCAUCGAUGAGCGCAUUGUUAAGCUCGCACGAAACAAGAAGGAAGUGCAGGACAUCGUCGUUGGCAACAAGGCCUACAGCGACGCUGGCAUGGCGAAGCCGCAGGAGAUUGUCAGCCUGCUUCUGGACGACGACGAGCUGGCUGAGAGCCUUGUGCGCAAGAAGCAGCUCGAGGAGAGCCAGCUGGCGAGGGACAAGGCCGAGGUCGCGAGGAACAGCCACGCAAAGCGGAGGCAGAGGCUGGCACAGCAAGCUCUGGCAUCUGGUUCGAGCACGCCUGGUGGGGCACGGACGCCGCAGAUUGGCUGGGGCCUCGAUGAUGACGAGGACGACUUCUUUGGCGCGAAGCCGCCCGCCGUCGAGGAGGAUGUCUCGACGCCGCCUGUGUCGGCGUCCAAGAGCAAGAAGCCGGCAGGCGGCACAGCCAAGCGGCCGCGAAAGAGCAAGGCCGCCGCAGAUGGAGAGGCGAAACCGCCACGCAAGAGCGGCGGAAGCAAGCGGAGCCACGCCAAAAAGACGGCCGACGAGCUCGGCGGGAUAGAGGCGGGCGAUGCGCUCAUGGAUGAAGACUAG